AUGCUCCGAUCCUUUGCCAGCCCGCACCUUUGGCAGGUCCCUCCUGGUGUGGCGCUCCGCAGCUGCCUCUCGGGGGGACCCUGGGCUCUCUGUGAACAACCUAGGAGGUAUCCGGCUCCCCCCUCCUGCCGCAGCCAAUUUGCACCCAGCACAGGGUGGCAGGUGCUGGCCUCAAAGGCCAAGGAAGUCAGCCAUGCCAGUGUUUCCACCCGAGCUUGUGGAACAGCCCAGGACAUCCUCCCCGGAGGAAGAGGGGCCUCAUACCGUAUCAGGCCAGGGUGGGGCAGAGUCGGCUUGAGGCCUUUCUCCCAGGGUCCCCCGCAGAACCCCGGCUCCGGCCCCCACAUCCCGCUGCGGACUCGGUUGCUCGUCACCCUCCUCUUUGGGGGUGGGAUCCUGGCGGCCUGGCUGUACGUGCGGAGGGAGAAGGAACAGCAGGAGAAGCUGAGGCGCAUUGAGGAGCUGAGGAAAGUGGCUGUGGGGCAAGGGGACUUCCGGCUGGUGGACCACACAGGGCGGCCCCGCUCCAAGGCCGACUUCCGGGGCAGCUGGGUGCUCCUCUACUUUGGCUUCACCCACUGCCCGGACAUCUGCCCGGAGGAGCUGGAGAAGAUGAGCCAGGUGGUGGAGCUGCUGGACCGGGAGGUGCGGCUCCCCCGGCUCCAGCCUGUUUUCGUCACGGUGGACCCCGAGCGGGACGACGUGGAGGCCGUGGCCAAGUACGUGCGGGAGUUCCACCCGCGCCUCCUGGGGCUGACGGGCACCCCCGAGCAGGUGCGCGAGGCCGGGCGGGCCUACCGGGUCUACUACAGCGCCGGGCCCAAAGACGAAGACGACGACUACAUCGUGGACCACACGGUGAUCCUCUACCUGCUGGCCCCCGAUGGGCUCUUUGUGGACUAUUACGGCCGCAGCAAGACUGACGCCCAGAUUGCGCAAAGCAUCAAGGGCCACAUGGAGACCUACCAGAGCCUCCUGAGCUAA